UACAGAAACCUAAUGAUACCUUCCCCAUAAACCCUAGAUCUUUCGUCCAAUUUAUAUAUUCCCCUCCUUGAUUUCGCCGCAUUCCACACACAACUCUCUCCGAACCCGAUUUGGGUUUCCGGCCGCAGAUUCUCUCUCACCUGUUUUUUUUUUUUCCAAUUUGUUCUCUGAUCGGGAAAACCCUCUCGUUUCUGUUCGGAAUUCGUUUCGCCGAUCGUGGUGGGUUCGUCUCUCUCGUUUGAAUUCUUUUGAUUUCGUCGUCGCGGCGUUGUGGAUGGUUGAAACAAUUCCGGGAAGCAGCGAGUUUAUGCUCAACCUCUGCGCCACCGCAAGGGCGAGCUUUCUCCACCGCGUCUCCGCCACCUCUGCCUUCGCUUUCGGAUCCUGCAAGGAAGGCUGGUACUUCCGCUGCAUCGGCCUGGACCCUUGAAUCCGAUCGAAACCCUGUUUCCCUUUUGAUCGCUUCUCUUGUCCUCUCACCCUCGAUUCCCCUCCAAAUUCGAGUCGAAGAUGUUGCUGUACAGCAAGCAGAAGAGGAACCAGAACCCUAAGGGAAACAGGUUUCUGGUGAGCAUUAACGUUCUGGGAAGUGCUGGGCCAAUCCGAUUUGUCGUGAAGGAAGAUGAAACGGUAGCCAAUGUUAUGGAUUGCGCUCUGAGAUGCUAUGCCCGCGAAGGGAGGCUUCCUGUUCUUGGAUCGGAUAUCAACGAUUUCGUGCUUUAUUCUCCUUACUCUGCCGCCGAAGAAUUGAAGCCAUGGGAGAGAAUUGGGUCGAGGGGUUGGAGGAACUUCGUACUGUGUAAGAAGAAGCCGGAGAGUGGCACUCCAUCGGCGUCGUCGAGCCGAAAGGCCUCUUGGAGCUGGAGGGCAUGGCUCAACAAGUCUAUUGGCAUUACUAAUACUAUCCCUUCCCAUUAGUAUAUCCUCGUAAUCUAAAUCAAAAUGUUAUUUCAACCUUAAAAUCUGUUUGAAAAAAAAAAACAUUUGGAUUCUGCAAUUUUUGUUUGAAUAAACUUCGAUGCCCUCUUUGUGUUUUGUUUUGUUAUCCUUGCUUGAAAUAUUACGAGCCUGCAGUUAUUGUU